AUGGGCGGACCGAUGGGGGGAGGGAUGGGGGGGGGAAUGGGGCCAAUGGGGGGUGGUAUGGGGGGUCCGAUUGGUGGUGGGGGGAGGGGAGGGCCUAUGGGCGGUCGUAUGGGGCCAAUGGGGGGGGCCAUGGGGGGACCGAUGGGGGGACCGAUGGGGGGUCCGAUGGGGCCCAUGGGGGGACCAAUGGGGGGACCAAUGGGGGGGCCUAUGGGAGGGCCCAUGGGGCCUAUGGGGGGGCCUAUGGGGGGGCCUAUGGGGGGACCUAUGGGGGGACCCAUGGGGGGACCUAUGGGGGGACCCAUGGGGGGACCGAUGGGACCUAUGGAUCACCCCGAGCACGGCAUGGGUGGGGGCAAGAAGGACCGUGCAUGCUACACCUGUGGAGCCAAGGAUCAUAUGAUGCGAGACUGCCCUCAGAACAACAUGGGGGGAAUGGGCGGGGGAAUGGGCGGAGGGAUGGGCGGUGGGAUGUGUGGGGGAAUGGGCAACAUGGGGGGAGGCAUGGGCAUGGGAGGGGGCAUGGGCAUGGGAGGAGGCAUGGGGCACAUGGGAGGCGGAGGGAUGGGCAUGGGAAUGGGAGGUGGAGGCAUGGGCAUGGGCAUGGGCGGUGGUGGUAACUUCGGCGGCCCUUUCCCGAACCAACCUGGGAUGUUUCCAGGCCCAGAGUUCGGGUGGAACGAAGGCGUGGGUCCCAACCCCAACAUGGGAGGGGAUUUCCCCAUGGGGCCUGGCUUUGGGGGCGGGGGAGGCAUGGGGGGAGGGAUGGGCGGGGGGAUGGGGGGAGAAAUGGGAGGGCCUGGCAUGGGCAUGGGGCCCAUGGGGCCUGGAAUGGGAGGAGGAAUGGGAGGAGGAAUGGGCAUGAAUCAAGGCAUGGGGCCAGGAUUCGAAGGAGGCGGAGGGGGAGGGCACCAGCAAUUUGGUCCUGAUGGUGGCCCAGGGCAUUUUGGGCGUGGAGGUGGGGGCAGGGGGAGAGGCGGAGGAAGGUUUGGGGGGAGGGGAGGAAGAGGCAGGGGCGUUGGGGGAAGAAUAGGUUUUCCUGAUAAGGGGGGAAGAGGGGAGAGAUGGGAGAAGGGGGAGCGGGGGGAGCGAGGGGAGAGGGGGGAGAGGGAGGAGAGGGAUGAGUGGAGGGGAAGGGGUGAAAUGGGUGUGAGGAGGCAGUGGGGGAGAGAUGGGGGAAGGGAUGAUGGGGAGGAUGAGGAGUGGGUUAGUGAGUGUAGGGAAGAGGGGAGGGGGGAGGGGAGGAGAGAGCGAGCAGGCAGUGUGAAACGAAGCACCCCUUCAAUGCAGCAGGAUUCUGGAGGACAGAGCAGGGAGCGAGGUGGGGAGAGGAGUAGGGGAAGCAAGGAGAGGAGCAGGGGGCGAGGCAAGAAGAUGAGGGAGGAGGGGGGUAGGGAAAGGGGAGAGGAGGAUUGGGGCAGGGAGAGGGGAGAGGAGAGGGGAGAAGAGGAUAGGCGGUAUGGCACUCCUGAAGGAGAGGAGGAGCAUUUGGAGGGUGAUGGAGCAGGGAGGAUGAGGCGGAAGCGACCAAUUGGCGAGAGCCAGCCACGAUCACUUCAUCCCUCCCACACUCUUUUCCCCACCCCCGUCCCAUCCGCAUCUCUAUCUGCUGUUGCCUGCAGGCUCAAUUUUGCUGCUGCCAGGGAGGGUGAAGGGAGAGGAGGAGGAGGGUGGGGGAGAGGGGGAAUGGGUGGGAGGGGUGGGAGAUAUGGAGGGGAAAAAGGUUCCCCAGGGAGGUGGGAUGGGUAUGGGGAUGACGGUGAAGGGGAUGGGGAUUGGGGGAGUGGAGAGGAGGGGAGUGCGGCCGGGAGGGUACGCAAGGGGAAGUACCGUUAUCGAGAGGAGGCCGAGGGAGAGGAGGAGGAGGUGGAAGGAAGAGGCAGGGUUCGGGCUGCUAGAGAGUCUGGUUGUAAUGAGGAUGAGGAUGAGGAUGAGGUUGAGGGUGGGAGGAGGAGGCGACGCAGGUUUAAGGAAAGGGAAGAGGCCGAGGGGGGAGGGAGGCGAGGAGGGGGAGAAAGAGUGUUGCAGAAGGGGGAUAGGGGAGAAGAAGGGAACGAUGAUGAUGGUGGGGUGGGGGAAAGGGCAGGAGCACGAGGGAAAGAGAGGAAGAGAAGGGAUCGAAGCAAGGGUGUGGGAGAAAGGGAGUGGGAAGAGAAUGUUGAUGGUGGUGGUGCUGGUGGUGGUGGUGAUGUUAAUGGUGCUCCUUUGUCCUCCUUACAAGGUUCUCGCGUAGUGGGUGCAGGUGAGGAUGGGAAGCUGGAGAAGCGAAGGAAGUUAAAGCGUGUGAGGAAGAAUGAGGCUGGUGGGAGUGUUGAUGGGAGAGGGGGGAUGGGUGGUGGGGACGAUGUGAGACAGGGUGAGGGAAGAAGUCUUAGGAUUUACGCUGGAGGAUUUAAUGAUGACACUGAAUUUGGGGAUGACAAUAAAGGGGAUGAGAAUGAUCGCUGGCCGUUAGAGCAUGGAAUGUAG